AUGAAAACUAGCAAAGUUUACAAAGAGCACCUCUUUAGUCAUAAUGUGAGUUCAUAUAUGGCAGAAUUAAUUGAGAAAAAUAUCUAGAGUAAUCAUGUGGAAAUCUUAUUGAAAUGUUAAUUGUGUAGUAUGCCUGUGACCAAUCCUAUAAGACAUAAUUCUAUCGAAUAUAUAGCAUGUAUCUUUGAUUUGGAUUGUUGGAUAGAAUAUUAUGAUACUAAUAAUAGAGAUGGACAGUAUCAAUAUUAUAAUUAUUAUUAAGUGGAUUUUCAUGUCCAGGUUGCAAAAAGUUUCAUAUUUACGAUGAUUAUGGAAUAGAUUUUAAACUCUAUCAUGCAUUAGAAUCAUUUUAACUAUUACAAAAAAAGUAUUCAACAAUAAAGUUUGAUAAAGAUAAAUUAUUUUAAUCUACUUAACCAACUAAUCCAGGUUUUUUUGCAUAAACUAAAGUGCCUAAGAAUUAAAUUCAAAAUGCUAUUAAAUAUUAAUUACCAGGUAUUACACCCAUUUUUGGAAUUUAAAGAAAACUUGAAGAAAAUAAUUCCUUAAAUCCAACUUAAAAGAAUAUCUCAGAUGAAAUGUCAUAUACAAGUGUAAAAUUAUAAUAAUAUACUAAUAAUAAAAUAUAUAAAUAAGCCAAAGAAAAUAAUUAGAAAGUUGAAGUCUUAUAAUAAAAAAUAAAGAAUAUAGCUAAAGAUUUAUAGAAAGUUUUUAAAAAUGCCAUGUAAUUAGUUAAUUUGACAAAAAAUAAAUUGACUAAUAAAUUUAUCUUUGCUCUUAAGAAAAGAUUAAAAUAGGGAAUUAAAGAAUCUAUUGUAAUUAUUCUUAUAAUUAUAAUAGCUUAUUGUUUAUUUUGUUGAUUUUGGUGUUUGGCAUGAAUUUUCUCUUUUUUUAAAAGGAAGACCUUAUUUAUAGAAAGAAUAAGCUUUGUAUAUUAAAGGAGAGACAGAUAAUGAAAAUUUUAUUUAUAUCAUUGGAGGAAAAACUGAGGAUAGAUUUAUUCAAAGUAAUUAGGUUAUUAAAAUUAAAUUUCCAAAUGAUCCUUUUUAAAAUGGAACCUCAGCUGUUAUGGAGGAAUUACCAAAUCUACCUGAAGAAGGAUACAAUUUUAUGGGAACUCAUUAUAAUAAGUAAUUAAUAAAGAAAAUUGUUUUAGCAAUAUUUAUGUAUUUUAUGGUUAAAGAUAGAAAAAAACAAAAGAUCAAUAAAUUUAGGAUGAAUUACUUAAUAAAGGAUAUGUUUUGAGAAAAUAAUAAAAUUGGUAAGUAUUGAUGUAAAAUUUAAUCCCAAGAUUUGGUGGUAGUUUCUUUGUUACAGAUCAUAAAUAAUUUUCAAAAUUAAUAAUUAUUUUUGGAGGAAUUCAACAUGAUCCUGAUGGUUUAGUUGCAUUUAGAUGUACAUAAUAAAAUAGAGGUUAAAUCUUUAUAUGCAAAGAUGAAAAAUUUAUAGGAAAUCAAAGACUUGAUUUUGAUCUUCUUUUUUCAGUUAAACCUGAAGAUGAAUAUCAAAAAUAAGUUUUGAGUUCCCCAGUCUUUUCUGCACCUUAUUAUGGAUGUAAUUAAUUAAUAUUAUCUGGUGAAUUUCUUAAAUUCUAAUAUGUUAUGAAAAGGGAAAUUUAUACUUUUGAUUGGGCAAAUGGAGAAUUAAAAAAGAAUGAAAUCUUUUCUUUAGAACCACCAGAAUAAUUUUUAAUCCCUACUAAAAAGGAAAAUAGUUUUGAAAUGUUCACACCAGUUCAAGAUAUGGAAGGAGCUGUAAGUUUUGGAAAUUUUUAUAUAAUCCAUUAAUAUGAGGUAGAAAAAAGCAAUAAAGUUGUAGUACAAUUAUUGAGAAUCAAUUUAACCAAUGGAUAAUGUAAAAAAUAUAUUAUUUUUUAGUCUUUCCCAUUAAUUACCAAGAUCAUUAAUCAUCUUUGCAGUAAGCAAUCCUCAAAAGAAACUCAUUGCCAUAAUCAUGA